UUGAAACUUUUUUUACGUUUUUUCACCGAAACAUGAGAUCCAGACCUUAUCUUGAUGAAAAUGGAGGGAAAAGAAGCUGUCAGAUCUAAAGUUGGUCGACGUAUGGCAUAUAUUCUUCGAUAUGGUGCACUUGAAGAAGGUCUUAAAGUGUCCAACAAUGGAUUUACAAAAGUUGAUGAUCUCCUUCAGCUUGAAUCCAUGCAGCGUUAUACAAAAGAAGACCUAUUGGCAGAGGUUGAAAAGUUAACUGUUUCUGGCAAGAAAAGAUUUGAAGUGGCUCUUGACAAGGAUAAUAUGUUUAUUAGAGCAACUCACAACAGAAAGUUUGCACCGGCUGGGAAGCACAAGGAUAGUGAAGUGAACAGGCUUCUUGAAAUUUGUACAGCAUUUAUUUGCAAUAACAUCAAGAUUUAUGAUUUAGAGCAUUUUCCAGAUGAAUUUCUUUUAAGGCAAAUCUUCUACAGAUUAAAAUUCAAAAAGAAACUCACUAAUGCUGUACUUCCUAAUGUGAUUGGUAGAGUGAUGGAAGAAAUUGACUUCAAUGAUGUGUAUGUGACAGAAAAAACCAUUAAACUGGUGUGUAAAAGGUGUCCAGAAUUAAAGUCUUUGAGCUUGAAAAAUUGUGGAUACAUCAUCACUGAUAAUGUACUGAAAUGGCUUCUAAAGGAGUUGCCUAACUUAGUCAGUCUUAACCUCUGUGGCUGCGAUAGUAUCAGGGACAAGGGGCUGCAAGAAAUAUCAAAGUGGUGUAGACAAUUGAAAAAAUUGAGCAUUUCGUAUUUGCCUCUUGUAACAAAAGACGGGUUGACGUCAUUGGUGGAAAAUUGCCCUAGUCUUGAGCAAUUAUUCGUCCAGGGUAUUCCAGUGGUGAAUCAGAAUUUUGUCGAAGAGCUGCUGCAAGUAAGGGAAGUUAAUAAUUUAUCGAAAAUUGAAUUGAAGAUAUUUGCCUCUUGUAAUACAUCGUAGUUUUAUUUUGUAAACACUUAAGUUUCGUUUAUAGUUAUUCAGAAAUAAUUGUUAUUUUAAUACAGCUGUAUAUAGAAUACGGAGUAUUGGCAAGCAAUUUUUACAGAAGUUUCUUUAGACACGACACACUAACAGAUGUUGAAAAAUUUAUUCUCUCGAUUAAAUUGACUUUAAGUUGAUAUUCGAUUUGGUCUGUGACGAAGGCUAAUUUCGAGUUAAAUUAUCAGUCUCCUUUUCGAAUUAAAUUACCAGUCUCCUUUCCGAAUUGAAUUAUCAGUCUUCUUUCAAAUGUCAAUGUUUGUUUUAAUGGACUACUGCUUAAGUUGAGUGUUGCCACAGUCGAAGUUUCAUUACUGAUCUUUACUGGUUUGACUAUCGCGGGAAUAAACUUUUAUUUUUAACAUAAUCAUUUCGGCGAACUGCUACGUUUUUUUAGGAAAUCUUUACGGUAGAUUCCUUACUUUUUCCCAGAUACAUAUCAAAUUCGUUGCUUUUCCCUGCAUUUUAUAAAAGUCUUCUGAAUCCACCAAGCAAUCAUUUUUUUGUCAUUUGCGUCAUCUGAUCAAUUGAUUUCAUCAUCGUUCCUUCUCCUGUCAUUGCCAAAUCUUCAGAAUAAUACCAUUCUGAGAGCGAAAAACUCAUUGAAUGAAUGACUAUCUCUUCUAAUUUUAGCUCCUAUUACGCGUUCUCUUAAUUCAGGAAAUUCUAGCAAUCUUUGUCCUUGUCGUAAUUUUUAGCAGUUGUAUAGGUGUUGGUUCUUGAGAAAGGUCUACGUAACUACCAUAAUACUCGUUUACCACUGAACAUAGCAUUUCUAAUUCUUUAAUACCUCCCGCUAUUUAAAAAUGAUUCAACUAAUAGAAUAAUUUGAUAAAUUUCAAAGUGUUUCUGCUUCUACUUCAUUCUGCCUUGACUGUGUUUUUCGCUCAAAAUCCAUUACUCUUGCUUGCUUUUUAAUACAUAUUCUGAUUCACAUAAAUACAGCAUGCAAUACUGUGAUUGGUAUCUUUGUGUCACAUACCAUGAUAAGAUGCCAGUCAACGUAGAAGAAUUAAUAAUCUUUUCGAAGCGUUCGGUGUUCGUCACAAUUUGUGCCUAUCACAGUAGAUUUCAUUCAUUUUCCUUUCACACAAUUUUGAUAUUCUUGAACAACCUGUACUCAACACUUGACGAAUGCUAGAGUCGUAGCUUCAAUGUCUCAAAACACUAGAUUAGGAGGGGUCAAAAGCAAAAUACAAAAAGCAAAAUUCCACUCAUGGCCAGUGUAAACAACCAGAAGAACGAUUGAUCCACGCACUGUGUAAGUUGGUCCAACUCCUGUCAAAUGUUGGGGUCGGAGCUUCAAUGUCUCAGAACACUAGAUUAGGAGGGGUCAAAAGCAAAAUACAAAAAGCAAAAUUCCACUCAUGGCCAGUGUAAACAACCAGAAGAACGAUUGAUCCACGCACUGUGUAAGUUGGUCCAACUCCUGUCAAAUGUUGGGGUCGGAGCUUCAAUGUCUCAGAACACUAGAUUAGGAGGGGUCAAAAGCAAAAUACAAAAAGCAAAAUUCCACUCAUGGCCAGUGUAAACAACCAGAAGAACGAUUGAUCCACGCACUGUGUAAGUUGGUCCAACUCCUGUCAAAUGUUGGGGUCGGAGCUUCAAUGUCUCAGAACACUAGAUUAGGAGGGGUCAAAAAUACAAAAAGCAAUGUUCCACUCAUGGCCAGUGUAAACAACCAGAAGAACAAUUGAUCCACGCGCUGUAUAAGUUGGUCCAACUCCUGGCGUCGUUUUUUCGAGAUAUAUUUCUGAACCACGGAAUCUGAAACUGUUUCUAGUGAAAAUAACGAUCUCUCUUCAAAUUCAGUCAUUCCCUUAUCUUUUCCAGAGCUAUUUUCUAACAUGUCUUCGCUCGAAAAAGUUUUUUUCGUAUUUUCCCCAUGACAUUCAUUGUUCAUAUAGAUGGACGAGUCGUUGUCGUGGUCAGCAAGUCGAUUAACCCGUCGAAGCAUUGUGCCAUCCCUCCAUUCAUAAUAAGAAUUAUCAGGAUAAGUCUCUGAAUCUUUUAAGACGGCCAGGUUUAUGUUUUCUGGGCCCAAUGCUGGAAAAUUAUCGUUUUCUGGAGUUAGACAGUCGGCAGUUUUGCGCCUUACACAAAGGAGUGUUGCAAGGAAUUGGUUGACUACCACGCGAACAAAUCUUCCAGGCUGUAACUGCUUUCGCUUGAAUAUAUCUAUAAAGCAGCGGAGAAUAAGUGCUGCGCAUAUCUCUAUAAACACCGCAGUAAGAUAGAUUUCAAUUAACGGUGUUACCUCUGAAGUCGGUGGGACCAAAGUUGAUAACGACAUGAUGAAAAAAGCAAGAGACACGAAGUUUGUGCUUAGCAAUGUGACGCGCUCUCCAGAACUUGACGGUAGAAAAAACGAGAAUAUCGCAAGAAGAGCUAUUAGCAAGGUUGGUAUAAAGAUCUUGUAUAUAUAGUGCCUUGAGCGCCUUCGCAAUUGCAUUGUGUAUAUGAUGGACGGGAACGGCUCUGGGCAGCAUUGGUAGUACCCAAUUUUAUGUGCGACAUCGAUUUCUAGAAGGGAGGUAGUAAAAUUUGUAUAUGAGAUAUGAUUUUAAUUGAGGGAUGAUCUGAUCUAAAUAAAAGUGUAAAGUAAAAGGAUUUUGCAUUUGGUUAACUUGAUAGAAAUUGUGCUUGUUCCAUGGAAAGGUAGGGCUCAGUCAUAAUAAGACAAAGAAUAUGAAAGUGCCAUAAUUUGAUUUUAUUGCAUCCUAUGUAAAAAACAUAAAGAGCAGGGGGUAUUGUGAACCUGCAGGGCCCAAGGCUUAGCGUAGAAAACAUGGCAUGAAACCCCAACGAAAAAGGGUCCCAUAGACUAGUAACGAGACUUUCCAUGAAUCCUCGUUUUGGUGUACUGACCAUACUCUACUUGUCCCUCACGUAAUUUCUAAGUAACGGCAUAAUUAUGCAAGAACCGAAAUACCGGAGUGCCGUGAGGAGGCCUUGGCUCCCCCAAAAACUUAGGUAGCAUAAGUAAAAAUACUUUUAUUUUAUGUGUGACUGUUGUUACACUUAUUUAGCAGGGCUGCCCCCCCCCCCCAAACAUAAAAUUGUAUCUCGGUCUUUAAUGACAUGUGUAUGUUGACUGCAUACUUACUGAGUACUUUCCAGGCACUGUUCUCAGAGUAUUGUGAGAGAUCUCCUUGCGGAUUUUUGUAGCUUAUGUUGAAAACAUCUCCGGUGUAGGCCCAAGAGCCUAUUUCAAACUGACAACUUUGUUCGUCGAAUGGAAAAUAUUUGACAUUUAACUGGCAAAUUGUGCGAAAUACAAAGGGAAUUGCCCAGAAACAAUUACCAGAGUGGGUCACUAUUAUCUUUUCUUGAGCUUCUACGCUGAGAAGUUGGAAGUUUUCUUUCGCACUGAAAAAUAAAUAAUUGAAAUCUACCUAAUCCUAACAGAAUCGCUAAAGACAUAAGUGAAAAGUUAAAUAUAUUAGAACAAUCAAUAAAGUAAGUAAGAUAUUUCGAGUUCAGAAGUGAAUUUAUUAAUUGGAAAUGUAUCAACAAAAGUAAUUAAAAUUUUUUGCUUUGUAUCAAUUGGUGGAAAUACAGAUACCAAUACGGGAACUCUUUAGCGAAUAUAAACAGGUUGAGAUCAAAAAAUAGCUUUUAUGUGUAUCAAAGGAUUAUACUUAUUGUAAAGCGCCAUGUCAGGCUUCCAAAUGAUAUCUUUAUCAACUGAAAUGUCAUCUAUGUUUCCAAACUGAGACGUGUUCCACUUGAGGCGAUGAUCAUUCCAGUACUGAAAUGGUACAAAAGAAUGAUUUAAUCUGUUUCUACGAAAAAGUCUCACAAAAACAUAGGGGCAUAAUAUUUACAUCGUUGUAAGCAGAUUGUUUGAUUUACCUGUUUUACCCAACCAUUCCAGAUAAGUACUUGAUGUUUCUCGUCCUGAAAUAAAUGGUAUCAAUAAUUACACUUUUAAUCCAUGGAAAUUAAUUUUUUGCUUAAUGAUUCUAGAUAUCAUGCAAUGAUCUAAAUGUUUUUAUGGAACAAAACAAUGAUUCCAAUGUAUCUAAAAGUUGAAAAAAUACACAAUAUAUGCGUAAAAAAUGAGAGACGGUCAAAAAUGGCUAUUAAAAUUAAGAAAAUACGCAUGAAGCAACAAAAUUAGCCUUUUCAAGGUUUCUUCAAGGUCAUUUUAAUAUGGGAAUGUUUCCUGUGGGAAGCACGUUGAGCAACAGUCCUACCGUCGGGAGAAAAUCGAAAACUUGCUUGUUAAACUAGAAAAUCCUGUUUUUUUGUGUUUUUUAUGAGGUCCUUUAUUUCACACCCUGCUCUCUCCAAUGUUCUCUCCAACUUACGCUCCGUUUUAGGUCAGGAAAGUGAAAGAAACGCUCUCUGAUUUCCAAAUCAAAAAUUACUCACCAUAGAUAUGAUCUGAGUCAAUCCUAAAUCCACUUGAACUUGUAUUUGAUCGUGCUGAUGCCGUACAGGCCGCAGCUCUACGUUGUAGUUGUUAAGAAGUUUUGCAAACAGAGAAUUUUCGUAUCCGCUUAUCGCCUCUGUAAUACAUAAAAUGCUUUAAUAAACAAUCUACCAUCUUCAAUACAAAGCAUGUUAUCACGUCAAUAAAAAUAUGUUUAAAGCACAAGUUGUUUAUUCUUCA